CCGAGCUGGAGGCGCGCUUUGCCUGGAUUUAAACAACGAGAAGAUUUUUAUAUAUAUUUUUUAUUUAUUUUUGAAUCGUUUAUUAUUCUUUUCCUCUCUCCCAUUUUUUCUUUUCAUCGCGACGCCUCGCUUGGAAGGCCAAGAUGGAGGGGCCGGGCGGCCAAUGGGGUGAGCCCUCCGCGGACACGUGACCUCCCCGGAGCCCCGUCCGUCAAGCCCUUCUUCCCGCCUCCUCCGCACUCUUUGGCCCAAUCAGGGGCCGGGACGGGCGGUGGCUGCUUAAAGGGCCAGCUGCGUUACGUAAAGGGAGAAGUUGGCUGUCACGUGGCACCUGACCAAGGGGCCCCCUUUUUUUUUCCGAGGGGGGAGGAGGAGCGUCUCCGAAGAAGGGGGGCAACGAGGCGCCCCCCCCCGCCGUCCCCGGGCUGCGAACGCCGAGGAGGGCUUCUUCGAGGGCAAAAUGCCGCCCAGGAAUUACUGUGGGGGACCCUGGGGGAGGGAAAUGCCAGCUUGGUGGGCCUGGCAGUGGAGUCUGCGCCUCCAGGGAAGCGGAUCCGCAAGCCGUCGCUUCUCUACGAGGGCUUUGAGGGCCCCCCAAAUAUGGCCGCCUCGGCGCCCUCCCUCCCGCUGAGCCCGGCCAACCCGACCCCUCCGGAGGUGGCCAACCCCAAGAAGCCUGGCCGGGUCACCAACCAGUUGCAGUACCUUCACAAGGUGGUCAUGAAGGCCCUAUGGAAGCAUCAGUUUGCUUGGCCCUUCCGCCAGCCUGUGGAUGCCGUCAAGCUGGGCCUGCCGGUGGCCUUGGGGGCAGCCGGCUGUCCAUCCAACUCAUGGCCCCCUUCCCUUCUCCCCCAGGACUACCACAAGAUCAUCAAGCAGCCGAUGGACAUGGGCACCAUCAAGCGGCGCCUGGAGAACAACUACUAUUGGAGCUCAGCUGAGUGCAUGCAGGACUUCAACACCAUGUUCACCAAUUGUUACAUCUACAACAAGCCCACAGAUGACAUUGUGCUGAUGGCCCAAACCUUGGAGAAGAUCUUCCUGCAGAAGGUGGCUCAGAUGCCGCAGGAGGAGCAGGAGGUGGUGGUCACUGUGGCCAAGAACAGCCACAAGAAGGGGGCCUCCCGGGCGGCAGCGCUCCUGGCAGCCGCCAAUGCCCAGCAAGUCCCGGCCGUCUCCUCGGUGUCCCAAACGCAGCUCCUCCCGGCCACCCCUGUCGCCAGUGCCACAGACAUCCCCACCACGGUCAUCAACAUCCCCCACCCAUCAGUCAUCUCCACGCUGAAGCCUCUCCACACAGCCGCUGCUUCUUCCCAGCCCCUGCUCUCCGUCCCGACCCCUACGCAGCCCCUGGCCAAGAAGAAAGGCGUGAAGCGGAAAGCGGACACCACCACCCCGACCCCAACAGCCAUCAUCGCCACCAGUGGCGGAGGAGGCGGCGGCAGCAGCAGCGGAGGAGGAGGUGUUGGCAUUGGAGGGGAGUCCUCCCCGCUGGGUGUGGGGGCCCCUUCCCCGCUGGCGGAGGGGGGCAAGGCGGCCAAGAUCCCUGCGCGGCGAGAGAGCGGGCGUCCCAUCAAGCCCCCCCGCAAGGACUUGCCAGACUCUCAGCAGCAUCAGACCUCCAAACGGGGCAAGCUCUCGGAGCAGCUCAAGUACUGCAACGGCAUCCUCAAGGAGCUGGUCUCCAAGAAGCACGCUGCCUACGCCUGGCCCUUCUACAAGCCCGUGGACGCCUCUGCCUUGGGCCUCCACGACUACCACGAGAUCAUCAAGUACCCCAUGGACCUCAGCACCAUCAAGCGCAAGAUGGAGAACCGGGAUUACCGUGAUGCGCAGGAGUUUGCGUCUGAUGUCAGGCUGAUGUUCUCCAACUGCUACAAAUACAACCCUCCGGACCACGACGUGGUGGCCAUGGCUCGCAAGCUGCAGGACGUCUUUGAGUUCAGCUAUGCCAAGAUGCCCGAUGAGCCCGUCAACCGCAGCCCUCCCUCGGGGUCCCUCCCGCAGCCAGGGCUCUUGAUGAAGUCCUCCUCGGACGACUCCUCCAGCGAUGAUGAAGAUGAGGACGGUGAAGACGAAGAAGAAGAAGAGGAUGAUGACGAUGAUGACGAAAGCAGCAGCGAGAGCUCUUCCGACAGCGACGAGAGUUCGGACUCUGAGGAGGAGCGGGCCAACCGCCUGGCAGAGCUCCAGGAGCAGCUGCGGGCGGUGCAUGAGCAGCUGGCAGCGCUUUCCCAGGGGCCCGUCUCGAAGCCCAAGAAGAGGCGGGACAAGAGGGACCGGAAGAAGAAGAAGAAGUCCUCCUCCUCCUCCUUGGAGAAGCAGCGCAAAGGCAAAGCUGGGGAGGAGGAGCCCAGGGCCCUGCCGCCCAAGAAGUCCAAGAAGGCCUCUGGUGGAGGAGGAGGAGGAGGAAGCGGUGGCAGCAGCAGCAAGAGCACAAAGAAAGCAGGUGGCUCCAAGGGCCCCCCGGUGCCCGCCCCACACCCUCCACCACCCCCAAUGAUGCCCCUCUAUGACUCGGAGGAGGAAGAGGAGAGCCGGCCCAUGAGCUACGACGAGAAGCGCCAGCUGAGCCUGGACAUCAACAAGCUGCCCGGAGAGAAGCUGGGCCGCGUGGUGCACAUCAUCCAGUCCCGGGAGCCCUCCCUACGCGACUCCAACCCCGAGGAGAUUGAGAUCGACUUCGAGACCCUCAAGCCCUCCACCCUGCGCGAGCUGGAGCGCUACGUCCUCUCCUGUCUGCGCAAGAAGCCCCGCAAACCCUACAGCAGCGAGGCCCUGAAGAAGCCGGUGGGCAAGACGAAGGAGGAGCUGGCCUUGGAGAAGAAGCGGGAGCUGGAGAAGCGCCUCCAGGACGUCAGCGGGCAGCUCAACUCUGCCAAGAAGCCCCCCAAGAAGGCGAGUGAGAAGCCCGAGUCGGCCCACCCGGUGCCGGUCUCCCGCCUGAGCGCCAGCAGCUCCAGCUCGGACUCCAGCAGCUCCAGCUCCUCCUCCUCCUCUUCCUCCUCCUCGGACACAAGCGACUCAGACUCCAGCUAGGCCUGUAGAUGGGUGGAUGGACGGACGAACAGAUGGCCAGAGAGCCGGUGCCUGGCCGGCAAAUGGGCAGCAUGUUUGGGCGUGAGCGUCUCCCUCCUUCACCUGCGGGACCCAAUGUGGAAGCAGAGCAGAGAUGGACGGGUGACAGCUGCAGAGGGAGGGGGGGCCCCCCGUUUGGACCCUGGGCUCCCCACUGAUGGCCCGCUGCCUUGCUUUGGGGGGAGGACUGUUGUGGAGGGGAGCCCUCCUGCACUGUACAGUUUGCGCUAGUGUUGGGGAGGGAGGGGAAGGGGCUGUGUUUUACUGUUUAGUUUGGUUCUCAAAAAAGGAAAAAAAAAACAAAAACAAAAAAUUGUGGUUUUUAUAAGACGUUGAACAAGUUUUGGUUUGUGGCUUUCCUCCCCCCCCUUCUUUCCAAGAGGCAAAGAGGGCGAUUAUUCUCUGUGUGCCCCCCAUGGUUGGACUCUGGGAGCCCUAAGCGGCGGAGACACCAGGCUCACGGACUUGACUUGCCCUCUCUCGCUCUCUCCCUCCUCCUCCUCCUCCUUUUAUUUAUUUUCAAUCCCCUCCUUUCUCCCUCCGUGUUGCCUGGGGGGGUGGGGGUGGGGGGCUGGAGAUGGGCCAGUGGACGCCUGUGCAAAUGGAUGGGGAGAGGGAAGGCCAGAGGAAGUGUGUAUGUUCUUUUUAUUUUUAUUAUUGUUUGGACUGUAUAUUUUUUCUAUUGUUCCUUUGAGUCACACACACCCCCCUCCCUCCCUCCUUCCCCUCUCCUUGCCCUGGUCCACCUUCUGGGGCUUUCGUUUCCUCUUUGCCGUAUGUUAAAAACUUCUGGUUCUUUAACAUGUAAAUAAAAGGAAAAUGUUAUACAA